AUGGCGACGCUGCCACAGCGGUUCAAGCUGCUGGCGACGCGGUGCGCGGCGGGGGCGCCCAGCCCCUCGCGCAGCCCCGCGCCGAGGUUCCGGGCCGCCGGCGGGGGCCUCCGGAGCCUCCUGAUGCGGCGGAGCUGGCGGCCGGUGCUGGUGGCGAUCCCGGAGAGCGAGGGCAAGAUCGAGCUCGGCGCCAUCGAGGAGUAG